AUGGGAAUCGAAGUCGGGGAGUCCUCUGGUGCUGGACGUCUCGAGACGAGCAGUCGUAGAGAAGAUGUCGGUCUAGCUACCACCCCAACCAGUACCUCCAACUAUCUACGCCAGCGGUACCUGUUCAAGUUGCACUUCGAUUGGAUCACAUAUAAACAAGUGGAUCAGAAUACAACUGCUAAAUUGAAUACGUUGAUGUUCAAUUCACUGAAGGCGAUACCUGUUCAAGGUCGUAUCUAUCAAGAGAAAGAAUCACCACAAUUUAUCGCUAUUUUCCAACCGAUGGUUCUUUUCAAGUCUCUUGCACUACUGAACCAUAGAGAUUCUUCAAUUGCAGAUGUAAAAGAUAGUAAGGUAAGUGUUGAUGGUUUGUGUAUGAAGAAUCAAGCAUCUACCAAAAGUAUCUUGAAAAAAUUCAAUGAUUUGGAUCCCAAUAAUGAGAUACUCAUGAGUUUAAUGAAAGAAAUUAGAGCUGAAAUGAUGGCUUCAAAGUUGAGUGCUUCUGAGUCUGUGACUUCAAUUAGAGCUGAAAAAACACCAACAUUUGCCACCUCUGUUGAGAAUAUUACAUGGAAAGAAACUGAAGCAACUGAGAAUGAACUGAACCUUAUCAAUGGUGAGUUAGAAAAGGUGCUAAGAACCGAAGGAAAGGAAGAAGAAGAAAAAGAAGAAGAAGAAGAAAAUGAAGAUGGAGCAGUUGUUUGUCCACUACAGACAUAUCUGUUAAGUUCGGUAAUUGGAUUGCCUGAAACAACAACGGGAAAGAAAGAACAUCGAGCAUCACUUGGAGAGCUCUUUUAG